UUUUUUUUUUUUAAAUUAUCGACUCAUCUUCUACCCCACAUUCAACAACACCUCAUAUGGGGAAUCACAAUCAAAACAAAACAAACCCACCUUUUGUCAUCCUCCUCAACCUCGCCAUCUCCGAAUUUGAACCCCAGACCAUGGCUGGCAGCAAGAAAAUCGAUACAGACCCUGGCGCAGCUAGAACUUCUCUUCUUGAAUCUGAUCCUCCAGAACAGACGGACUCUGUUGACAUCUUCGAAAAUCAAGAUCUGCAAGAAGAGCUUUCUUUGAUUUGUAACAAGGUACCAAGAAGCUUUUCAGACCAGAUGUUUCUUAAAACUUCAGAUUCUUUAAUUUUGGGUCCUGUUUUCACAUCAACACCUCCUUCAAAUCUACAUGUUCUGUACCCACAACCUCAUAGACACUUCUUCCCUUUCAAACUCGAACCAGAUUGGGAGCCUUAGCUCGGUAAAUUUGGAUCUUGGCCAACUAAUAAAAUUGAUGAUUGGCCUUUCUGGGUUGCUCGGCUAGAAAAACCCUUUGGAAACACAUGGAAAACACUAGGUCUGUAUGAAUUUAUCCAAGUGACCACUUACCAGACGUCCAGGGAUAGGGUUUUGGUUGCAGUUGCUUUACUGUUUUGGUCUGAGUCUUAUAACUGUUUUCAUUUUCCUUGUGGUGCUAUGUUCGUUACUUCGUUUGACAUUUGUUCUCUUACUGGCUUGCCUUGCGUUGGAGAAGAAAUCAUAGCUUUAUUG